GUUCAGAAGCGCAGUAACGGGCGUCCCGUUGUCGAGCGCACUGUGAUCUUCAUUUCUGCAUAGUUAACUCCACUUUUUGACUUCUGUGUGGAUGGAUGUGCAAUUUGAGAGACUUCACACAUCUGUGAGUGAGAAGUGUUAGCUCAUACACCUUAUGAACCUAAUCAACUGAAUUCACUUCAUCCACUCGUGAAAACGCGACGCGUAAAAUGGGUAUCGCGCGGAAUGAAUAAGAGCGUAAGAGAUGAGGACUUUGGAAAUGAUGCCCCGUGGACGUGGACGCUCAGCGAUCGGCUCGGUGUCGGUCUGAAGACAUCACAAAAGCAGAAGAGAAACACUUAGCUGAAGUCAUGGAGAUCCGACAUCUGCUGCUUCUGUUGGUCUAUCUGGACCCCUUGUGCGUCCUGAGCGCAUCCACGGCAAAGAGGAGCAAACCCGCUCCAAAGAGACCCCCGAAAGUGAAGGAGGUCAACAGCACCGCGGCACCGACGGCUCCACCGCGACGGGUCACGCAAGUCCUCGCGCCCAUAAACGGCGAUCACGACAUGUGUCUCGGCUACUACGACGUGAGCGGUCAGUACGAUAAAGAGUUCGCCUGCAACAACACGGACCACCGGUACUGCUGCGGGAGUUGCUUUCUGCGCUUCUGUUGUCCCGUCAAAGCCAAGCGACUGGAUCAGAGAGUCUGCACCAACUACAACACGCCCGACUGGAUCAAGACGCAGCCGCCGUCGCCUGCGCCCACCGGGGACACGUACGACCCCGCGCUGGACCAGACCAACACCACCGUCUACAUCACCUGCGGGGUCAUCACUCUCAUCAUCAUACUGGGAAUUUCUGCCAAAGUGGCUUAUGAUAAAGCCAUCCGACCGCCUCAAGAGAUGAAUGUCCAUAGAGCGUUGGCGGACAUUUUGAGGCAGCAGGGACCCAUUCCCAUAUCUCAGUAUGAGCAUGAAAACAUCGCCGCCAUAGAAACCUCACCCAAAGAGGAGACACCUGUACGAACAUCCAAGAACCACUACACACCUGUCCACAACAAAAACAAUCACGGGCAUUAUGGGAAAGAAAACUUCCGCAGCGGUCAAGACAUGCACAACUUCAUCUCCUCCGGCUUUGUGACGCUCGGCAGGGGCCAUCUGAAAGCUCAACACUCUGUAGAUGAUCUGGCGUGGCAGGGCGACCUGGACGUGCCGCUAUCAUACAAUAAUCAUCAGCACGAUUACACCAGCCAUCUGGAUCUCACCGGUUCACACACACCAAAAAUUGGACACAGAAUAGAGUACUACGAGAAGCCAAGGAUGAACAACAUUCUGACGUCUCAGACUGAACCUUACGAUCUGUCAUUCUCACGGUCUUUCCAGAACCUCACUCAUCUCCCUCCCUCAUAUGAAAUGGCCAUAAAAGCAGAAUUAAGUGAUAAAGAUGAUGAGUACUACACCCGAAAGCAUCAUGUGCACGACCAGCCCUCCCGCGGCGGCAACCUGCAGUCACACAUGGUGAAGCUGAACGUGGAACCUCCAGCACAGCGGCAGAAACCCAAGCGCGUGCAGCGGGCCAUGUCCCAAGAUCACGUGCUGUCCCCUGCCCGCUCCAAACCCAACCGGGAAUACCUGUCCUCGUACGGCGGAGGCGCGGGUGGUCUCUCUCCAUACCAUGGACGCAUUCUCUCCCAGGAACAACUGUUAUCAGCCGAUCGACUUCACUCCCAGGAUCCUCUGCUGUCGCCAGAAAAGAUGCUGUCCUUGCGACGGGCCAACUUCCGGGAAAAGGCCAUGUCCCGGGCGAUCUCCCAAACGGACAUGUUCAUACCAACGACACCGGUCAUGGACCGACACUACAAAAUGAUGAAGAUGCAUUCGCACCCCACCAGCACCAACGAAUCCCACAACACUCUGACUGUUAGCAGCGCGCAGGUGGGCAACAAGAGGCAAGCGUUCGCCAACCGCCGCAUGCACACGGUAGACCACCUACAGUAUAUACCGGGACAUCACCAACCCCAGUACAGAACCGCUAGUAAGAAUGAAGUAACUGUUUAAGAACGAUAGAUGAAUGAAAACAAGUGACUAUGAUGUCAACAAACAAUCGCCGCAGUGCUCUGCGGGUUAGCUGAGAUCCGGCUCGAGAAACUUUCAAAUUAAAAUGGUGUCCUACUUUCAACUGGGUUCUUUUAAAAGGAUCCAACCUUGACCUGUUCCUGCUUCAAGCGCAAACGUUUCACUCCAUCGGUUCUGGGUCAGCUUUCCUGAAGCAGCCCGGAUCUCCUCACACGUAGAGCAAACACAAGGGCUUCGCACACGGAUCCUGGAUCGGAAGAAAGCGAGACGAAAACCCAAAUGCGGUUGUCUGGGUCGUGGAUUGAACUGCUGUGGACUUUAUUCAUACAGAAAUUAAACCGUAUAUAGAUUUAUGAUUUGUAACUCAAGUCCUAAUCAUAGCUAUAGCAAUUCUUCUAUAUAAAGUGAAGUUAGCACUUAUCGAGUGCCUCUUUUAAAAACGCAUCCCAUUUCGAUUACGAAGUGGGGAAAGGGUUUAAAAGCACAAUAAAUCUGCAAUCGGUUUUCCUUUGUCGCGUAAUCUCUGUUCUUUUGUUUCUUCUACGAUACGUCCAUCAUCAUCAAGUUUUCAAUAGAAAUGUGAUGUUACGUUUCGCGUAGCUGAUUGUAAAUAUGCUCAGUUAGCUGCUUCGUGGGUUACUUUUCGACUUCUCGUUGUUCCGUUUAAACUUUUUCUAGCAUAAUCGAGCCAUCCAGAGUAUAUUUGAUUACACAAAUGUGUACAGUAAUGUGUGUGUGUGUUUUUUAACCUGUACUUGUAGACUAAUUGUGAAUAAAUUUGGUUGAUUUAGCCAUU